AUGGUUAUUAAUAUUGAAAAAAUUAAUAAUUUUUCUUCAUCUUACACUCGAGCAAGAAUUAGUGUAGCGGAUAUCAAUGGUGUUUUAGCCGCUGUUAAAUGGUUCCAGAGUUCAGUAACCCCAGAAAGACGUGUUAAUGAGCUGCAGCUCCUUCGGAUGCAAAAACAUCCUAAUAUAAUCGAGCUUAUUGCUGCAGGUCCAGAUAUCCACAAUGGGGUAAUUGAAUUUCUAUGUACUGAAUUCACACCAAUUGGUGAUUUACAUCAAGUUAUCCAUAGAAGUGAUCUAGUCUAUAGCUUUUCCAAUGCAUUUUCUUGGAUGCUGCAGCUAUCCGAGGCACUCUCUUAUCUUCACGAAAAGUCUCCUCCAAUAGUUCAUCGUGAUGUUAAACCCGCAAAUUGUCUCCUCUUCGAACUCGGAAGUCUCCUCAAAUUAUGUGACUUCGGUUCAGCUGAAAUGAUCUCAGAAUCGGCGGAUAAAACUCCCCGCGGAACUCAGGGCUUUAUGUCUCCUGAAUUAUUUCGCAAACAAUCAGAUUUAAUUGGUUUGAACUACUCAGAGAAGAGCGACGUUUUUUCUGCUGCAAUGACAUUUUGGGAAAUAUGUUCUCGUCAAUUUGUUAUCCCUCAAGAUGAGCCAAUGUUUGUGACAAUUUUACAUCUGGUGCGGCAUCAUCGGCGUCCAAAACCACUUAGUGGAUGCCCUCCUUUCCUUCAGUGUCUUCUUGAGAGAUGCUGGGAUAAUGACCCGGAUGUGCGUCCACGGAUGGAAGAAAUUGUGAAGCUAUUGAAAGUCAUUAAGGAAUGUCUUAUCGAUGCAGAUUUGAUCUUUCCAUCUGUAGUAGGGCCUCCUCUACCCCUUGAUUUCCACUUUUCGCCAAAAAAUUCCUCCGAUGAGGCUUGGGAAGGUGAAGAUAUCCAAAAAGACGACGUGGAGAUGGAGACAUCAAUAAUACAAGAGUCUCCAGUCCAAUUAUCUCAGCCUCCCCUUUCCUCGCCGUUUCGUUUGGAACUUGGAGAGGUAAUCCCCCUGCCUGCUAGUGAUGAUGGCAAUUACCCGUUUCCACCAAAAGCAGCUUUUUAUCAAGCAAAACCGGCAUUAAAACGAUUACUUUUAAGCACGAAUCGAUGUGGUACGCAGUAUUUUUCCCUAGUUAAACGUAUGGGGAGGUUACUUUUUGCUCCAAUUUCUCAUGCACGACCGAACUCACUCAUCAGAGCUUCUAAUAGUGUAUCAACCCUCGUUCGAUUUCGAUAUGAAAUGCCCCUAAAGGACUUAUGUUUUGACAGCAUUUAUUCUCCUCUCAAGUCGUACAAAAUGUUACCUUUCAAAUUUGCAAGGAAUGUACGAUUUGAUUCCAUUGAUAUCGGGAAGUAUCUUUCGCACGGAGCCAAUGGGGUUGUGUGGGAUGCUCAGUGUCCAACUGAUAGCGCAGAUGAAGUUGAAUCAGGAGAACUUGUAGUAAAGGGAUUAUACAAUUAUUAUGCUUCCUCAACGGAAGAAGAUGGUCUGUCACUUUCAACAUCCCCAGAUCAAUGGACCCUUUUGCAUGAACAGCGCGAUCGAGAGGUCAACUUACGACCUGGUGGGCAUCCCAAUAUCGUUCCUAUUUACAAGGACUUUUUCGGAUACGCUCCGUCUUGCGGUAAUAAAAUAACUCUUGACGGGAUUGAAAAUUUUCCUGAUGGUUUUAAAGGGAACACGCUUACUUAUUGGUUCAUUAUGCCAAGACUUGAUGGUUCCCUUAACGGUCUUGUGAAGGACAUGCGGGAAUCGACUCAAACUCCUUCAUCGAAUAUCGACUCAGCUUCUUCUCCCGUGCGUCAAGAGUGUAAAAGCAAAGAAGAAAUUGGGGAAAGCGCUGAAUCUGUCCCCUCAAAUCCGACUUUCUCCCUUCCACCCGAAGAGGCAGUUUAUAUUACAGUCCAGAUGAUGGAGGCAAUAGCUGCACUGGAACAUCAUCAAAUCUCUCAUCGGGAUAUCAAACCAUCCAACUUUCUCGUCAAAAGUCGCAGCCAUCCUGGUAAUUCCAAUUUACUCAACGGUAAGACGGUGAUAGCUUUGUGUUUGAAUUGUAUGCCUCUAAUUACACUGACACCGAGUUGA